AUGCUUAAUACCGUGAAUGAACCUGCAAAAGAUGAGCCAUUUGAAAUACAUGCUCGACCUGCUAGGCUUGGACUAGGUGCUGUAGUUCCCCGGCCAUCCAAAUUUGUACCUUCAAAUGAUCCCCUUGAAAGGAAAUUACAUUACAAGUUGGAUGCCGCAAGAAGAAAUGCUGCCAAAGUUGCGGAGGAGUCUGCACUAGCUGCUAGAGAUUAUGACGAUGAUGAUGAUGAAGACGACAGCAGAACCAGUGCGUUUGCAAAGAAAAGACCGGCAGCUCCAGUAACCCCAUCUCUACGGGCGAAGAAAAGGCAAAAAGAGUUUCCGAGUUCUUGCAGACCGAAUAUUGGUUCCCAAGCUAUCAAGGACUUUCAGGUGAUGACUGCUGCUCCGGGCGCCCCGUGA